AUGAGACUGGAUGAGGUAACCAAACCAGAGAAUGAAGACGGAGGAAAGGAGACGUUUACUAAGCAGUUUGAAAGUACUGAUGCCUGUGUAUAUGAGGCGUAUGUGAAAAUUAAUUCCAUUGUGAAAUCUUAGAGUCAGUGUGGAUUGAAAAGAGGUAGUCCCAAGACGGGUGCUAUAGUGUUCAGAAACCAGGAAGAGAAUACAAAACCAGUGAAGGAAACUGAGGUGACAGCCUCUGAUGCAGAUUCAGGACUCUAUGGCUUUAUUGAGUAUUCUCUUUAUGAUGGAUUUCUGAGCUAUGAAGCACCUCAGGCAUUCCGGAUCGACCCUCAUGAUGGGCGAAUCUGUGUUUCUCAAGAUAUCGACAGGGAAAGGGAUCCUGCUACCUAUGAUCUCCUGGUGAAAGCUAAGGACGGGGAUGAGCAGAGAAUGACACAUUUAGUCCUGGUGAAGGGUGGGCUAAGUGCCCAGGCCUUUGUUCGUGUGGACCUGGAGGACGUGAAUGAUAAUCAUCCUGUGUUUAACCCAUCAACCUAUGUGACAAGCAUCAGUGGUGAGACCCAGCCAGGCACCGAGAUCGUCAAUGUUCUUGCCACUGACCGGGACUCUGGGAUAUAUGGGACAGUGGCUUAUGAGCUUAUUCCAGGAGAUGUGUCAUCCCUUUUUACCAUUGACUCUACCACAGGAGUCUACAGUCCAGAGGUAGAAAUUCUGAGUGCUGUCAACUUUUCAGCGGACAAGGAAGUAAUGAACAAUUUAAAUGAGAUGAUUUUGCCUCUGCUAAGGCACUUCAAGAGGGCUGAAAGAGAUGAAGAAGCUGGAAAAAAAUUUGAAGCUAGCAGAGGUUGGUUCAUGAGGUUUAAGGAAAGACGCCAUCUCCAUUACCUAAAAGUGUAAGGUGAAACAGCAAGUGCUGAUGGAGAAGCUGCAGCAAGGUAUCUAGAAAAUCUAGCUAAGAUUAUUGGUGAAGGAAUUAUUUACUUAACAUCACUCCUUAGUCAUUUGGAAUCUACCACACUUUCGUUGAUGGUUUCUGCUCAAGACGGUGGUGGGCUCACAGCUGUCAUUAAUGCCGAAGUCACCAUACACAUUUUCCAGACAACUCUGGCACCUGCUGAAUUUGAAAGGCCUAAGUACACUUUCUUAGUUUAUGAAGAUGUGCCUGAAGAUAGUCCCAUUGGAACAGUGAAAGCAAGAGAGCCCCUGAACUCCUCAGAACCCAUCUUUUACAGGAUUUCUUCUGGUGAUCUCGACGGAAAGUUCUCCAUUCACCCGUGGCUGGGCACUAUUCGCACCCGGAAGCCCCUGGAUCACGAGACGCAGCCGGUGGUUGUGCUCACCGUGCAGGCGCAGCUCGGCAGCGCCCCAGCCUGCAGCAGCACAGAGGUCAAUAUAACUGUUCUGGAUGUCAAUGACAACCACCCAGUGUUCCUCAGGACCUCGGAUGAGAUUAGAAUAUCGCAGACCACGCCGCCUGGCACAGCCUUGUACCUCGCACAUGCGGAAGACAGAGACAGUGGGCGGAACGGACUCCUCCGGUACUCGAUCGCCAGCCCGCAGCCGGGCGUCUUUGCCAUCGAUAGAGCCCUGGGGGUGCUGUUCCUCAACCGCAGCCUGGGCGCGGGCGAGCGCCAGGAGCUCACGCUGAUUCUCAGGGCCGAAGACCAAGGCGUGCCUCCUCGGGCAGCCCUGCUGGUGCUGACAGUCAUUAUCGAGAAACGCGAACACAGCCCAUCCUGGACUUUCGAACAUUUGGUCUAUCAAGUGGAAGUCAGUGAGUCUCUCUCACCCACGACACAAAUACUGCAAACACAGGCGCACCCGCUUGGCCCCCAGCGUGUAGCCUCGCCGCUUAGGUACUGGCUGGAACCCAGCGUAGACUCUGCUGUGUUUGGAAUCCGCCCUUACACGGGCUGGAUUUAUUUGCGGCGACAGCUUGACUAUGAAUCCACCCAAACAUAUAAUUUUAGAGUGUUUGCUUGGAUCCCCGAGGACGGAUUGUUGCAAAAUGUGAGCACUACAGUCACUGUUCAUGUCCGGGAUGAGAAUGACAAUUCCCCCACCUUCUUGCAUGAUGUGUUGUUUCUGAAAGUCGAAGAGAGCCCUGUUCCCCAAGGUGUAAUAGGCAAAAUUACAGCUAUUGACAUGGACUAUGGAAGGAAUGGACAGCUAUUAUAUUUCCUUUUGUCUGAUGGAAGAUUCUUCAAGAUGAAUCCUAAUACAGAUGAGAGGAAGCCCCCUCUUUGUGUGGGUCCAGCAGACACCAUCUGUGUCAUAACCUGGGCAGAUGGUGGUGCCUUUAGUGGGACAGACUUUACAUUCAGUUCUGAUGAACUUCAAGCCUUUGUUCUCAAGCCUCUGUUCUGUGAAUUAGGAGAAGGAGAGUUGAUCAAUUGGGUGGCACUGGAUCGUGAGCACCGGGGGCACCAUCAGAUGACUGUGCUAGUGACAGACCGCGGCUCCCCACCACGAAAUGCCACCAUGGCGGUUUAUGUCUCAGUUACUGACAUCAAUGAUAACAGGCCCUUCUUCCCCCAGUGUCUGCCUGGAAAGGAGUUACACGUGAAGGUUCUGGAAGGUCAACCAGUAAAAAUGUUGGUCACAACUGUGUUUGCAAAGGAUCCUGAUGAAGGAAAUAAUGCAGAAGUUAUAUACUCAGUAUCUUCAGAAGAUAGUUCUGAGCACUUUAAGAUUGAUGCCAACAGUGGUGAAAUAAGAACAACCACAGUACUUUCAUAUGAUUAUAGACCUUCUUACAGAAUGACUGUCAUUGCCACUGACCAGGGAGUGCCUCCUCUUCAAGGACAGGCAGUUCUUAAUAUUCAGGUGAUCCCACUAUCCAAAGGGAGAGCAAUCGUGUCUCAGAAUAUUAGACAUUUAGUUAUACCAGAAAAUUUGAAGCCUGCAAAAAUAAUGAGCUUGAUAAAGUCACCUGAUCACCUUCAACAACAUUAUAAUGGAAAGUUACAUUUUAGUAUUGUUGCAGAUGAUACGAAUGGACACUUUGAAAUAGACAGCUCAACCGGAGACUUGUUUCUUUCUAAGGAACUUGAUUAUGAGACGACAUCUCAUUAUCUUUUCAGAGUAAUUACUACAGACCAUAGCAAAAAUCUUGCCCUGAGUAGCACAGUCUUCCUUAGUAUUGAUGUGGAAGAUCAGAAUGACCAUUCCCCAUCUUUCCAGGAUGAGUUCAUUGUGAUCAGCAUAGAGGAGAAUGUUCCCAUAGGAACCCUGGUGUAUGUCUUCAAUGCCAAAGAUGGUGAUGGCAGUUUUUUGAACAGUAGAAUACAAUACUACAUUGAAUCCCACAACCCUGGCAUGAAUCCAUUUCUCAUCCACCCCUCAUUUGGCACACUAGUCACUGUGUCCCCUCUUGACAGAGAGAGCAUUCCAACUGUCAUCCUGACAGUAACAGCGUCUGAUCAGGCUGUGAAUGUGACAGACCGGCGUCUGAGAUCACUGACAGCACAAAUAGUGAUUUUGGAUGUAAAUGACCACAACCCCACUUUUAUGUCUUUCCCCAUUGCCCAUGUCAAAGAGGAUGUCACAGUGGGCUCCUUGGUGCACCAUAUAAUUGCUCACGAUCCAGAUGAAGGAAGGAAUGGAAAAGUAACAUACAGCAUCCUCUCAGGAAAUGAAAAUAUGGCGUUUAUGCUAGAUGAGUCAUCAGGCUUACUAACUACAACUUGUCUUUUGGAUUAUGAAAUGAAAACUCAGCACAUUCUGAUUGUUCUGGCACUGGAUGAUGGCACACCAGCACUUUCUUCAUCCCAGACUUUGACAAUUACUGUUCUUGAUGUAAAUGAUGAAGCUCCAGUGUUUAAGCAGCACCUGUAUGAAGCUUCAGUGAAAGAAAACCAAAAUCCCGGGGAGUUUGUCACCAGGGUUGAAGCUCUGGACAGAGAUUCAGGAGUCAAUUCCAAGCUUCAGUUUGAAAUCAUGCCAGGUGCUUCAUUUGAAUUGUUCGAGAUAAAUUCGGACACUGGAGAGGUAGUGACAACCACCAUGCUUGACAGAGAAAUUCAAGAAGUCUUCACCCUUCGAGUAUUAGUACGAGACGGGGGAUUCCCUUCAUUGUCCAGCACCACAACAAUUCUCUGCACUGUUGAAGAUGAAAACGAUCACGCACCAGAAUUUAUUGUUUCCAGUUAUGACAUUGAGGUUCUGGAAAACCAGGAACCAGAGGUUGUCUAUACUGUUUUAGCCUCGGAUAUGGAUGCUGGCAGUAACAGAGCUGUUGAGUAUCACAUAAUUGAUGGAAAUACCGAUGAGUACUUUGCUAUAAAUGAGAUGUCAGGAGAACUCUCAACCACUCGUGCUUUGGACCGGGAACAAGUCAGCAAUUUUACCCUUGCCAUUCUGUGCUCUGACCUGGGAGAUCCGCCUAGGAGCUCUGUAAUACACCUGCAAGUUAGAGUUUUGGAUGCCAAUGACCACACUCCUUCUUUUCCCACACUUUAUUACCAGUUCUCUGUGAGAGAAGAUGCUGAAGUGGGAACAGUGGUUUUUGUGCUUUCAGCUGUGGACAAGGAUGAAGGCCUGAAUGGGCAAACUGAGUAUUUUCUGACUGAUGAGGCUUCUGGUGCAUUCACCAUUGAUCCUAUGUCAGGCACAUUGAGAACCAGCAACGCCCUCGACCGUGAAGCCAGAUCUCAGCAUACAUUUAGUGCUGUGGCCAGAGACUGUAGCAUCCAGGGUUCACGAAGCACUACUGUAAUUAUAAAAGUAUGUGUCACUGAUGUUAAUGACAAUGAUCCAGUUUUGGAACAAAACCCUUUUGAUGUGUUUCUUUCCCCCCAGUCGCCUACAAACCAGACGACUGUCAUUGUGAGAGCCGAUGACCCAGACUUGGGGCCCAACGGAACUGUGGUUUUUAGUUUUGCAGAGACUCAGUCAAUGUUUUCUAUUGAUAAACAUACAGGAGAAAUUCAAUUUCAGCAAAAUCCAUCUUCAGAAUACUUCCCUAUCUGGCUGCAGUUAAAAGUUACAGACCAGGGUGUUCCAGCCAGGACAACCACAGGUCUCUUGGUCAUCCACAUGGAAGGAGAAGAUGUAAAGAUUUCCUUCAGCCACCAUCUGUAUAAAGGGCUCGUGACUGAAAAUUGUGAGGCAGGUACUUCUAUUGUGACUGUAAAAGCUUUUGCUCCUGACUCAGUUCAGGACAGCCUGAAAUAUUCAAUUUUUAGUGGAAAUGAAGAUGGCGUUCUUUCCCUGUGCUCUAAGUCAGGACAACUCACUGUGAAAGAACCCAAGUUUCUUGAUUUUGAAGUCAGAAAUGAGGUACAACUCAUCGUUUUAGCUGAAAGUAGCGGGCAUAGAGCCUAUUGCAAAGUAGCAGUCUUGAUACAGGAUGAGAAUGAUAAUUCACCACGCUUUGAACAAAGUGUUUACCAAGCAUCAGUGUCUGAAGGCGAAUUCUACAAUGCUCAUGUCAUACAGGUUUUUGCUACCGACCUGGACAGUGGUUUGAAUGGCCUGAUUGAGUAUUCUAUUCUCUCUGGCAACCAAGAAGCAGCAUUCCAGAUUGAUGCGCUAAGUGGUGUGAUAACAACAAAAGGGAUUCUAGAUUACGAGCACACCAGCUCCUACAGGUUGGUCCAGGGUUCAGAUCCAUUGGCUCCAUUUAUUCUGCCUGCUUGCUGA